CCCUCCCUCCCUCCCUCUCGUCCGCUCCCCCGCCCGCGUCGUUUCUCGAGUCCUUCUUCCGCCUCCUCGUCGCCGCCGCCGCAACGCCUCCGUCCGUCGGCCGGCCGCCUCGUAAACCGCGUCGUCUUUCCCGCGCUUCGCGGCGAGUUCGAGCCGGGUGGCCCCGUAAUCCGCCGGGUUUCCGUUUGGAAUUUCUUUUUCACUCCCGGCUUGUGAUCGCGCGGGGAUCGGGAGCUCUGUCGAGCGGGCUGAGUUCGAGGCGAGUCGGAAUCCGAGUCGGACGCGACUUGAUCCGAGAUUCGUGCGGCGAUUCCGUCUCGGCUCGGUUUUCGAAGCGGUCGACUUCGAGUUCGGGCUGUUGCGAUUCUCCUCGCUGGUGAACGCGCUUUCUUCGCCUUUUAGUCGUUAGGAGGAGAUCGGGGGAUUCCAUUGGUGGCUCUUGAUGCUAAGAAGAGUUGUUGUGAAUCUGGAUUCUCUGAGAGCACAUGGAGUGGCAGCUUCUGGACAUUCAGCCUCGUGAACUCAAAUUUAUAUUUGAGCUGAAGAAGCAAAGUACGUGUACCAUCCGACUCGUGAAUCGUUCUCGUCAAUAUGUCGCUUUUAAGGUCAAAACUACAUCUCCAAAGAAAUAUUGUGUUCAACCAAAUGCUGGAGUUAUUGCCCCAGAAUCUUCAUGCAAUUUCAAUGUUAAAAUGCAAGCUCAACGUACUGCUCCCACGGAUAUGAUAUGCAAAGACAAGUUCUUAGUCCAAGGAACUGUUGUUCCUCCUGGUACAACAGACGAGGACAUCACAUCUGCCAUGUUUGCAAAGGAUGAAGGCAGGUACGUAGAAGAGAACAAACUCCGGGUGUCCCUCAUCAGUCCGCCUCAUUCACCAGACUUGUCACCAAUCAAUGGGACAUUUACGCUGGGUCUAAAUGAAGCUUCAGUUAAAAAAGAGGAAGAACUGAGUGGAGUUGACUUCAUCAAGAUAUUAAACAAUGGGGACUUGCAUGUGGAAAAGGAUGUAAAGUCAGAGGAGAAAGGGAACCUAGCAGAGUUGAUUGCGAUGAAAGCGGCAAAAGAUGUAAAGUCAGAGGAGAAAAAUAACUUAGAGGAGGAGAUUGUUGUAAAGACAGCAAAGGAUGUGAAGUUAGAGGAGGAAAAGAACUUACCAGAGGAGACUGUGAUGAAAGCAGCGAGGGAUGUGAAAUCAGAAGAGAGAGAAAGCUUGGCAGAGGAGAUUGUGAUGAAGGCAGCAAAGGAUGUGAAGUCAGACAACGAAAACAACUUGGCAGAGGAGAUUGUGGUGGAGAAGGCAAAGGAUGUAGCAUCGCAGCCAUUUGUGACCACAAGUAUGGAGGAAGUGAGUUUAUCCAGAGAUGUGGUGGAGCCAAAGUCAAAACCAAAUGAAGUUGAAUCAAGACUCAGCGAGGUUGAAGCUACCAUUGCAAAGCUUAUGGAAGACAGGAGAUCGAACACUCAAGACAUAGCAUUUUUGAGAGAGAAACUAGCAACUUUGGAUAGUAAAAUUAAACAAGCAGGAUUCCCGCUUCUGUUUGUCGUUAUGGUGGCUAUGAUCAGUGCCACUCUCGGAUACCUUCUACAUUCUUGAAUCGGCAUCCCUCUUAUACAAAGUGAGGCAGGCUCAUACUUAGUGUGAUAGGAGAUAAAAAGGUAGGUCGUCACUUGUCAGAUUGCUUUGCUCUGGUCUUCAAUUGGUUGUCGAAGGCACAGAGAGGUAGUGGUAGCAUCAACACUUCUUAUCCGGUAUAGUUUGCUUGUUGUAGUCGCUGUGGCUGUAAAUGUGAAUUUUAUACGAACAGAAUUGCUUGGAAGCUAAAUUUAUUCUGGCAAGAGAUUCUGGAUAGCUAUUCGAUGACCA